GAGUCGUAUUCUAAGAAACGAAAGUUGGUAUCAGCUGGGACGGUGUCUACUUGCCACGAGAGAAGCUUCAUCGGUAUUUGUGUCUGAAUCCCUUUCGCCCUAAAGCUUCUGCUUCACCUUGCUAGAGGAACGCACAGCUACAUGGAAGGCAAGAAUUGCUUCCGCACGCGGUGGACGCAGGAGCCGAUCUUCAGUGGCGGCGCCAUCGCCUCCCUCGCCCUCCCAGUAGCGACGACUCGCAUUGCCGCCGCCGCCUCUUCUUCUUCUCCCUCAACCUCACCGUCCGACGCGGUUGAGGAGUGUCUGGUGAUGGCCUGUGGUGACACCGUCAAUGUCGUACGCGCCUCCACUGGCGAAGUGCUCUGCAGCUACUCACUACCAAUGGAGGACGUGAUCCUGCACGUGGAUGCCGUGACAGUGCCGGCGGCGGCCGCCGUGGAAGAAGGGGCGAAAACCACCGCUGCCGCUGCUGCGGACAGCGGCAAGAAAUCAGAGUUGUCGCAUCAGAAGUCGAAGGGCGCCAAGACGGUGGUGAAGACAGAGGCGGCAGAGGAGGAGGGGGGUGACGACGUGAAGGCCACGGUAGGAGCGGGUGUGGCACUUGAGACAUCCGAGGCUGCUGGCGGUGCUGCGGCGGAGCUGCAGGCGCCUGAAGGGAACUACAUCGCUAUUGGCACGCGUGGUCUGCAGAUCUGUGUGCUGCGCGUGGAUGCACAUGUCGAGGCAGCACACAUCCCUUCCACUGACAACGAAACGAAUGACCCGGCGGAGAAGGACAACGACGGCAAUGCCAAUGCAGGCCAAGAAGAAUCUGCGGUGAUGGCGGAGGCGUCCGCCACGGAGGAUGCGGCACUGCCGCCUGUCGUGCGCUACUCGGUGGAGCUGCUGCGGAGCUGGACGGCGGCGCAGCACGCCAUCUCCGUCGUGCACUUCUCCCCAGCCGGCACGUAUCUCAUUUCGGGAGCCACGGAUGGCAGCGUGAAGGUGUGGAACGUUUUCCAUCACCACCUGACACACAAUCUGACCUGUCCCCACACCUCCCUCGUGCAGUGCGUCUGCCUCGACGCGAGCGAGUCGUACCUCGCUAUCGGCUCCUUUGAGGGCCACGUGACGGUGUUCGACUUUGUGACGAAGAAGAUGAUUGCUGCCGGGCGGCCGCACGUGCAGGCGGUGGAGUCGAUGGCCUUCAGCGAGCACCUCAGCCACGUUUACUCCAUCGCGCGCGAUCGCCGGCUUGCCGUGAGUAAGCUGAUGAGCCUCGAGCAGCGCCAUUCCACAGAGCUGAGGGAGGUGCGUGCGAUUGUGGUCAAGGAGCACGUCUCCACCGCGCUCUUCGAGGGCACGGCGCUGCUGCACGUGGGGUCGAUGGACGGUGUAGUGAGCACGUACCAGGUGAGUGAAACGGACGCGGUGCAGGUGGUGCGCCGCCUGCCGAAGCCGCCAGCCUCCGAUGCCGAGGACGGCGCCGAGGAAGCCUUUGUGCGCGCCCUCCUCGUCGCCGGCUCUCCCAAAGGCGCGAGCAACAGAAAGCUUCGCGGGUUUCACGUCCACGAGACGCCGCGUGCGCCGGCGCAGUCUCUCCUCUAUGUGGGGGACGCCGGCUUUCACAUUCAGCUACUCGCGCCGUCGCCGACAGACCGCAGCGUGUACGUCGCCCAACGCACCCUGGUCGGCUUUCUGGAUCAAAUCCUUGAUGUGAAGCUAUUCCCGGCGUCGUCGCCGCUGCAGCGGGCGGUGGUGACCAACAGCAAGGAUGUCCGGCUCUACGCCUCGGACGGCUGCGUCUCCACACGGACCCUCCGCGGACACGGCGACAUCGUGCUAAGCUGCGCCGUGAGCAGCGACGGUGCGUGGAUCGCGACGGGUGCCAAAGACAAGGAGGUGCGUGUGUGGUCGACUGAGACGUGCGCGACGGUCGUGCGCGGAGUAGGGGGCCACGCGGCGGAGAUCACGUCGCUCAGCUUCAACGGCAAGCAGACGGACACCUACCUGUUGCUCUUCUCUGUCUCGAGCGAUGAGAACUUGCGGCUGUGGGAUAUUGGCGUGCCGCUGGCCGAGCUGGCGGAGCAGCAAAAGGCGCAGAGAGAAAAGCAGUCCGCCGUGGCGGAGAUCCAACACCGCAGCGGUAUCAACGCCGCCCACAGCGGCCCGAUCUACACCGUCGCCGUCGCCCCGAACGAUCAGUACGUGGCCACCGGUGGCAAGGACAAGGCAGUGAACGUGUGGAACAUCACUGGAAAGAAGAUGUUCCGUGCGGCCUCGUUAAAAGGCCAUCGUCGUGGUAUUUCCUCGCUGGCGUUCUCGCCGGUGGACCGCGUGUUGGCCUCCGCCUCGAACGAUGGCUCCGUGCGGCUGUGGUCGCUCGUCUCUCUCACCUGCCUUAAGGCGCUGCAGGUGGACCGCACCUCGGUGCUGCAGCUGAGCUUCUUCAACAACGGCACGCAACUCGUCACCGGCAACGCGGAGGGCGUGCUGCGGGUGUGGGCCAUCGCGUCAUCCGAGUCGGUGUGGUCCGCGGAGGCGCACACGGAGAAGAUUUGGGCCUUGGCGGUGGAGGAGCGCAGCGAGGGCAGUGAGACCGUCUUCUACUCUGGCGCUGCAGACGGGGUGCUGAUGGCGACGGAGGACUACACGGCGGCGGAGGUGCAGCGGACGCGCGAGGCCCGCCACGAGAUGAUUCUCCAGGAGCAGGCGCUGGCGAACGCGCUACGCAAGGGUGCCUUCUCCGAUGCGUUCAUGCUAGCGUUGCGCCUGAACCAUCCUCGCCAUCUUCGACAGGUGUUGGUGCGCUGGUGUGCGAAGGACGCGAGGGAGUGCGAAAACAGCCUUCGUGGUGAGUUGAUGCCCUCGCUGGACGGCGAUCAAAUGACGCUGCUGCUGCAGUACACGCGUGAGUGGAUCACAAACAGUCGGCACUGCAUGGUGGCUACGUUGGUGUUGUACGUGCUCAUCUCCUCCCGUCACUUCGAAGAUGUCGCGACGGUGCCGUCGAUGGCGUCGCUGGUGGAGCCGCUGCUGGCCUACACGCGGAAGCACAGUCAACGGCAGCACGACCUGCUGCGCCGAACCUACUACAUCGACUACGUGAUUCGCGGUCUGACACCGAAUACACUGACGUCCCUGCCUCCGUUUAUUGAGCAUGCGGUGGAGAAGGAGGGGGAGGGGAGGGGGAGCCGCUUGCAAAGCGCGUUCGUGCGGAGUGAGCUUGUCCGCUGUGUGAUGAAAGGCUCUGCUGCUAAAUGA